UAUAAAAUUGUGUUGGUAGUUCUAGUUUUGUCGCCAAAGUUCAGCAUAAUUAUAUAGGGUUGCCACCACUAGUACUACUACUACUGCUGCUGCACCCCACAUAUAUCAAUCAAAACUCUUUUGGUCCUUCCAAAGCUCGAGUAAUCUUUGAUCGUCUUUUAUUCAUCUUAUAAUUAUUGCUUCUUUCGUAGCGAUCAUAUAUAGAUCGAUAGGUUUGUAGCUUUAGAUAAUCGCUUCGUUAUAUAGAAAAGAAAAGAUAGACUCGAAGACAUGCUCGCUUCUCACCACCGUCCUAGCCAUUUCCCUGCUUCUAACAAUAUUGUCGGCUCACCAAUUUCUCUAGAGAAACACACUGUUUGGUUUAUAGGCAACAAUCUCAUCCUCUUGCUCUUUUUCAGAUUGAUUUCUCUUCUCGCUCCUCGAUCCAAAGGCUAGAUCAACUUGGUCUUUCCAAUUUCCCGGAAAUCCUCGAUCGAUUUGAAGAUAUCUUUUCCGUUGUUAAUUUUGGGUGUUUUCAGAGAUGGGUUUGAGUUCUAGGCAGGUUUCUGGCGAUGGGCUUGAUUGGAGCCAAGCCUUCUUGCAGGAUCAAACAACUUUGGAGCUGCCCAAAACUCCUCCGAUCAUGAGACGGCAACAGCAACAAAAUCAGCAGCAACAAUUCGAGCCAUUAAAGUGUCCGAGGUGUGAUUCAUCAAACACGAAGUUUUGUUACUACAACAACUAUAACAAGUCCCAGCCUCGGCAUUUCUGCAGAGCUUGUAAAAGGCACUGGACUAAGGGUGGAACUCUACGCAACGUUCCGGUUGGUGGCGGCCGCAAGAAUAAGAGGCUAAAAAAAUCAAGCACUGCUACCUCUGCCAGCACCAGCGCUAGUGCAGCCACCACCAGCACCACCAAUAGCGAUGUCGAUAAUAAGCUCAAGACGGCCCACAUGGCUAUUCAAGCUCAGCAGCAGAGGAACAAUCUUCCUCUUUCACUAGGUGAUCAGAAAUGCACGUCUGAUAUCCUCUACCAGGCGUUGCUUCUUCCACCGUCUUCGCUGCCGCAAAAGAAUUUGUUCAACUCUAGCAACUUGGACAGCAAAAAUCUCAGCGCCAACAACAACGUCUGUUUGGGUUCAGCUCCGCAUCUUCCUCUAGAUCAAAACCUAAACUUUCCCUUCUCAAGCUCAAGCUCUUUUAACACAAACCCAUCUCCAAUCCCAACCUCUUUCCAGUCCUCAGAUGUUUAUAAUAAUUACACCGAUCAAGAGUUCAAAACCAUGGGGGAGCCAACCAUUACCAAUAUCAUGGCCAACCCAAGCAGCACUGCCACUCAGCCAUGGCAGAUACCUACAACAACCAGUGGUAUGGACAUGUCUACUUACUGGACUUGGGAUGAUAUUGAUACCUUUGCCUCCACCGAUCUCAAUCUUCAAUGGGAUGAUUUUGAAAUCAAACCAUAAAAAAGUUUAACCAUGUUAGCAGUGUCUAUAAGUGUGAAUCCAUUGGGUGUUUACAUAUAUGCUCGUUAAAAGAAAGGCACUUCUUUCACAGUGUCGCCGGUCUUUUUGUUGAUCUUCUUUUUCAGGUGAACGUACAUCUUUAUGGUAUCUCAAUCUGUAAGCGCAAUAGAGAGAUGUGGAGUACUGUUUGAAGCUGUCUUUUUUAGUUUCAGCUUCAGGCUAAGGUGUCUAUGAUCAGUAACUAGAUCUACAUGUCCCUCUCUCUCUUGAUCUUCUCCUUAAUUUGAUGGAAUAGUGGCAUGAUAUAUGUUGUAAGGAGCUCAGUUUUGUUCUUAACCAUAGAUGUCGAUAGAAUUUUGGAUGCUUUAGAUGAUCACAGAAGGGUCAUGAUCUCCACUCCAGCAUGGCUGAUCUGACAGAAUGUGAUGGAAGAUUCUUGUGGAUAUGUAUUUUUGGAUUAAUUUGAAUGAUAUUAAUUACUUGGA